AUGCCUCGGGGCAUUGGACGCCGUUUUUUAAAGCAUGGGUUGUUGCUAUGCACAACUGCUGUUGGUACUGGUUUUCUUGGAAAUUAUUUAGUACAGAAUAAAUUAAUUGUAACUGCUGCUGAAUCUCAUAAACCGAGUGUGUGGCUUCAACAAAUUCCAACACGUGAAGAACAAAUCGAAAACAUGGCACAUGAAGCCGAAUAUGAUAUCGUAGUGAUAGGCGGUGGAGCGACAGGAUGUGGAGUGGCUGCUGAUGCUGUGAGUCGAGGACUAAAAGUGGCACUUGUUGAAAAGUACGAUUUUUCAUCUGGUACAAGUUCUCGUAGUACAAAAUUGAUCCACGGUGGCGUACGUUAUUUACAGAAGGCUAUAAUGCAAUUAGAUCGUGAACAGUAUCACAUGGUAAAAGAAGCGUUAUCUGAACGUGCUAAUUUAUUAAAAAUAGCUCCUCAUUUAUCAUAUCCAUUACCCAUUAUGCUUCCGUGUUACGCAUGGUGGCAGGUUCCGUACUAUUACGCUGGCAUCAAAGCUUAUGAUCUAGUAGCUGGUAGACAAAUAUUGAAAUGGAGUUAUGUAAUAUCAAAGAAAACUGCUUGUGAAUUAUUUCCAAUGUUGAAAAAAGAUAAACUUGUUGGAGCCAUUGUUUACUAUGAUGGUCAACAUAAUGAUGCUCGUAUGAACAUCGCAUUAGCGUUUACUGCAGCUCGAAUGGGAGCCAAUGUUGCUAACCAUUGUACAGUAACUCAAUUGAUUCAUCAAGAAGUACCAGUACACGGCCAAGAUGAAGGAAUCAAAACAAAAAAAAUUGUUCGUGGUGUUAAAUGUCUUGAUCGAUAUCAAAAUAAAGAAUUUACUAUUCGUGCAAAAUGUGUAGUGAAUGCUACUGGUCCAUAUACAGAUUUUAUUCGCCAAUUGGAUGAUCCAUCUCUGCCAAAAAUAUGCCAGCCAUCUGCCGGCGUUCACAUCGUCUUACCAGAUUAUUACAGUCCACAACAAAUGGGUCUUCUCGACCCUAAUACAUCAGACGGACGAGUUAUCUUUUUUUUACCAUGGUUAAAACAUACAAUGGCAGGGACAACGGAUACUCCAACUGAGGUUAGCGAUUUUCCGACACCCACUACUGAAGAUGUUGAUUUCAUUCUGGGUGAAGUCAAAAAUUAUUUAUCACCUGAUGUGAAAGUCCGUCGUGGAGAUGUGAUGGCUGCAUGGUGUGGUAUUCGACCACUUGUUAGCAACCCAAAUAAAAAAGAUACUCAAUCAAUCGCUAGAAAUCAUAUUAUUCAUGUGAGCGAUUCGGGUUUAGUAACAGUUGGAGGAGGAAAAUGGACGACGUAUAGACAAAUGGCGGAAGAAACUGUAAAUGCUGCUGUACGUUCAGCGGAUUUAAAACCAAAAAAUGGUUGUGUGACGAAAGGGCUUAUGUUAACCGGCGGAGAGAAGUGGACACCAACAUCUUACAUUCGUCUUGUUCAAGAUUAUGGAAUUGAUACUGAAGUUGCUAUUCACUUGUCAAAUACAUAUGGUGAUGAAGCACCAAAAGUAUGUGAAUUAUCGACAUUAACAGGAAAACGAUGGCCUGUUAUAGGAAGACGUUUACAUGAAGAAUUUCCUUACAUAGAAGCAGAAGUUCAUUAUGCCGUUCGUGAAUAUGCUCGUACAGCUGUUGACGUGUUAGCGCGGCGUACUCGUAUAUCAUUUUUAAACGUACUUGCGGCCGAAGAAGCAUUACCAGCUGUAAUUAAAAUUAUGAGCAAAGAAUUAAAUUGGAACACAACAAAACAAAAAGAAGAAACUGAUCGUGCUCGAACAUUUUUACAUCGUGAAAUGGGAUUAAAUUUGAAAACACAGAUGAGAAAAAAUGUUCCAAUUAAUUUUAGCAAAGAAGAAAUGGGAUUUUACAUGAAACAUUUCCGUGCAAUUGAUAUUCAAAAUAAAGGAUAUAUUACGUUAAAAGAUUUAAAACAGCAUCUAGAAUUAUAUGAUGAUGACCUUGACCCUAAUGUUGCAAAUGGUAGUAUAGACGAGGAUGAACUUCAUAUAUUAAUGCAAGAAGUAGAUACAAAUCAAAAUGGUGUAAUUGAAAUAGAAGAAUUUCUUCAGUUAAUGAGUGCAAAACAGACAGGAACUGUUGGUCCAACACAUUUUGCAAAAGUAGCACGAAUUGGACGAAUACCAACUAACAGAAGUGGGGGUGGAGUGUAA